AUGGAGAGACUCGGGGUCCGGAAGCAAGAGUCGCAGUCCGGAGGGGCUUGGUGGGGGGCGUCAGGCCGUUGGGAUUCCGCGGAGCUCCAGGGGCGCAUCGCAGCCGCUGCCGCCGCGGCACUUUGCAGCUUUGCCGCGGGCCCUCGACAGGGCGGCCGCACUAGCGAGCAGCGGGCGCCCACCUCCUCUCCGGCCUGGUCCCCGCGGCCACUCCGCGCCGACAGCCCCAGCCCAACUCGACAGCCUCUGCCCUACGGCGCAGUGGGCCUGUCGCCGCGACCGGUUCCCUGCGCAAGGCGGGACAGGUCGCCGGCGCCUCCGGCCUUCAGCGUGGGGCGGGCACCGCGGCUUCAGGCUUCCCGGCUCCGGCAGCUCGAUCCCAGGGCCCCUGGAAGCACCUCCUGCCCCUUCAGCAAAGAUUUAUCAUUAAUUUUUUCCCAACGGCCUACCAAAACUGUAAAUUUCCAUUCAUUCAAUUUCGUCAGUAGCCUCUACACCCAACAUGGAACUGGAACUCACAACCCAAGAUCAAGAGUCACAUGCUGUUUGGACUCAGCCAGCCAGGUGCCCCUGAAUAUAUCUUUAUUUGACCUCCUCUCUUGACUGGUGUGAUAAUUUGUUUGGGUAUAUUAUUCUAGGUUGGAAUUCAUUUUUUCUUAGAACUGUGAGUUUUCUACCUUGCAAUCUUACUUCUGAGGAUUCUAAUGAAAUUCUUACAUCCGUACAUGAUCCAUAUACCUAUGUGUAUUACCCUAUUGUUAUUACUAUUUUUGGAAACUUUGAUCAUCUUCUAUCUUUGAUGUUUUGAAAAUGCAUAAUGAUAUGCCUUGAUAUGCAUAUUUUCAUUCAUUGUGCUAGACACCCAAGGGCCCUUUUAAUUUAGA